ACACGAGGCAGCCGCCGGCCCUCACCACCAAGACACGUUGCAGAUCUCAAGGUAAAAAGAAACCCUAGACACGUCGCAAAGCCCUAUAUACGGGCAGCGUUUCCCCUAUUAGCGCCGCCUCUGUUCCUUUCGGUGUCAGUCCCCUCCGCCGCCAGCGGCGCUCUCUCCUUCCCCAUCUGCUGAUGCUGCUUCGUCUGGGGGUGCUGGGUUUGCGAAGCUCUUCUAGUUCGGGAGGCGGAAAAUCCGAGGGGACGCCGCGAGAUGGUGGAUGAUGUCUGUGGUGAGUGCGGAGAUGUAGGCUACAGUCAUCUUCUGCUGCGAUGCAUCAACUGCAACAAUGCUGCUAGGCAUCGAUAUUGUUUGGAUGAGAUAAACUUCGAUUCGGCAGUGGAGUGGUCAUGUAGUGAUUGUAUCCCAAAACAGAGUGAAGCCAUUAAGUCGCCAGGAGACACAAAUUGUCAAAGGCAACCAAGGAACACCCAGUUGGAUUUCUCUGUAGUCAAUGAACCAAAUGUCGAGCAAGAGAAGGUAACGAAGGCACGCGGACUUCGUAGAAAUAGACCAUGCCGAGAAAGAGAAGCUAGUUUUGAUGAAAGUAUUGAACAUGUCCCGGGUGGAGACACAUCGAGUCGGGGACGAUGUGUUGAAGAGACAUUAGAUUCUUGUGAAAUCUCUGUUCGGGAUAUACCCAACCUCAUUGAUUGUAAGAAGGAAGGGGAGGAUAUAAAUGGGCACUUAAUUUGCACACCGGAGAGUUUUGAUGGUUCAAGUAAUUUGGCUUUGGAUCAUGCUUCAAGUAUUGAACCCAACAAUUUGCAAAAGGAAAUUGGUGGUUCUAAACUUGCUUCAGAUUCUAUGGACUGUCCUGAUCUCCCAAAUGCAAGGAGUGGCUGCUUUGCUUCAUCGAAGUAUGUUGAGGGUUUUGUUCCACCAGGAAGAAAGGGUGAUAUUUUUUCUCUAAUGAGUGAGGUCGAGGGAUCCCGCCCAAUGAUUGUGGACAAGUCUUGUUCUACAUCGGUAAGCAUGGAGCAAGCAGAUGGUUUAUUGGUAAACAUAGAGAAAUCUGAACCUUUGAAGUUGGUUAAAGGAUUGGAGGAGACUGUUGUAGCAUCAAAGUUUGCACCAAAUCAUUCAAAGCCGAUGCUAGGAUCAGAUCUGGAGACAGGGAGUGUGGAUGUCUUGAAUCCUCUAGAGCAGCGUUUGGACUCUUGGGCAAUGCCACUGAUGCAAUCAAGUCCCUCAAAUGAACUAGAAGAUGCGGCUAUUCAGGAAAACAGUGCUGAAAGAACAAGGUGCUUGGUGGACAUGGAAACCGUUGCCUCUGAAUUGGAGAACCACAAAGGAUCAAAUCCCAAAAUGGCAAAUGAAAGCUUGAGUUGUGGUGAAGGUAACUCAGAUGAAGCAAAUAGAAGAUCAGAUGAGCUUUUAUCAAGCACCAAAAACAAUAAGAUGCGAAGGCGAAUAUGUGUUGCUAGAAAGAUAGUUAACUCUUGCAAGGUAAAUGGAAUUACAGAUCCUGAGCCAGCACAUGGUAACCGAGAUGCAAUAAACCUCCAAUGUAAUGCAGGAAAGACAUCUUCUCUUGCCGUAAAAAAGGUGCCUCUUCAGCUGAUAUUGCAUGAGGAAGGCAUUAGCAAUGAGUUGUUGCAAGAGGAAGGCAUUAGCAAUGAGUUGUUGCAAGAGGAAGGCAUUAGCAAUGAGUUGUUGCAAGAGGAAGGCAUUAACAAUGAGUUAUUGCCUUCCAAGUUUGUUGGUCCAUGUGAGUCAACAAAAAUCAACCCUAGAAAGCGUAAGCAAUCAGAAAAUUACGCUUCUGAUGGAACAAAAUAUCAGAAAGCCUGUAUUAUAAGUGGGAAUGAAAAUGCCAAUGUUGCACGGUCAAAAAGUGGUAGACCAGUACGAACUUGCCAGAACACACCCAGGAAAGACAAUGGUAGCAAUGAUAAAGUUAUUGGGCACUCAAAGAUGGGAAAAGAUAAGAAAAUUGUUAAGUCAUGGCUGGCUAACAAUGGCAUCCGAUAUUCACGGAAGACAGGUGUCUUGCAGCCCUACUCUCUUCGUAGACGUUCUGUGGACAGAUCAAGACCUUCACGGAAGAGAGGUAUGGUUACCAGUGUCUUGCAGCCCUACUCUCUGCGUAGACGUUCUGUGGACAGAUCAAGACCUUCACAGGAGAGCGGUGUUGUUACCAGUGUCUUGCAGCCCUACUCUCUGCGUAGACGUUCUGUGGACAGAUCAAGACCUUCACAGGAGAGAGGUAUGGUUACCAGUGUCUUGCAGCCCUACUCUCUGCGCAGACGUUCUGUGGACAGAUCAAGACCUUCAGAAAACAUGGAUCUGGCGCUGAUGGAAAGCAGCUGCGCAUUGAAUAAUCCAAGCAGCAGUUGUGCAGCGCAAGCAUCAGGUUUCUCUUCAAAAUCGAAAGAAUUACGCGAGAGUGAUGAGCCAAAGAAACGAAGAAAACUCAUUUUAACUUAUGACGAAGAGGAAGAUGCUGAGGCCUUACAGGCAGAAGAUCUGAAUUCCCGGUCUUGUGAUGAUAAUGAACAUGUGAAGAAGCAAAGAAAAUGCGUGGAAAAUGCUGCGAAGAACCAGAGAAGAUCUGUAGAACAAGGUAAAGAAGCUUUGGGGUCAGGAAAUUUGAAUCGAUGUUUGAAGAAUCAUAAGCAGGUGAAGAAGCAACGAAGCGUAGAGGCAGAGGAAGAUGAAAAUGCAUCUGUAAGAAAUCCGAAUGCUGGAUGUUCAAGGAUGCCAGUCAUUUCAGAAUGUAUUGGCGGGCAACCCCUUGAUAUACCUUGUUGGACUGGAAUCAUGAAGAUCAACAAUAACUAUAUUCCAUUGGCUGCACACCUGUCAACCAAAGCAGGCAAGAAGGUGCAGGAACUGUCAAGAUCACUGCCACCAAUAAUGAAAGCGGCCAAGCUUUCUACAUCGGAAUCAUGUCCAAAGCACUUUGAGGCACCGGUACCUACAGCUGACAGCAUUGGCUUGUAUUUCUUUUCGGGUGAUAUGAGGCCAAAUAAAGAGCUGGAUGAGCUGGCGAAGCAUCUCGCUGAUAGUGGAAUUGUUCUAGAAGCUGUUGUUGGUUUGAGGAAGCUGUUUCUCUUCCCUUCUGGUGUACUACCAGUGGAACAUCAGACAUUCCAAGGGAAACCCUAUCUAUGGGGAAUGUUCAAGCCCAGAAAAGAUAAGAUCAGAAGAUUUCCAGUGGAACAAGAUUGUACUGCACAUGUUUCAAAGGAAGAACAUGCGCAAGAACAGCAUGCCUUGGACCAGCAAGACAUGGCACAAAGUGACACCCUGGACCAGGUCGUGCAUCCCGAGAAUCAACCCUUACUGGAUGCAAACCAACUAGGAAAGGAAGCGCUGUCUGGCAAUUGCCUGCCCCCUGUUGACGUGCAAGCUCUAGUCUCUGCAAAUAUCGGCCCAGCUGAUCAUGGACAGCCCUGCUCAAAUCCAGAAGCUCAGCCACUUAAACUCUGUGGUUUUGUUGUCUCACGGACACCAAGGUCCGCGCAACUCAUCCAGGAGAUGCAGAAGGAAGGUGCAUUACUGUUUGCUGUGCAGCAGGUGAUGACAGAACCUGGGUCAGUGAUAUAGGAUCAGAAUAUGUGCGUGGCAACCAUGCUGUGGUUUCAGAGCAUACUUGUGGUUUCAGAGGACCAUACCUGUAGCUGUUGUCUCUUAAGGCGUGGCGCGCUGCAGUGGUCACUCUUAGGGCAGAAACAUGCUAGCAGUAGACCUGAGAGCUCUUUAGCUUCAGUGCCGGCUCAUUGUGCCUCGCAUCUUCUAUGUCCGCCUAUGUGCUUGUCUGCUAGCUAGUCCCUGUCAUGUUCAGGACCGGACUGUGGUGUUCGCUCUUUGUAUGUUGUAUUAAGAGCCGACUUAGCUGAGCUUACCUUCUGUUGUGCAAGUUGUACAAGUUUGAGCCAAUUUUGCCGAUUGUACUGUAAAAGCAUCUCCUCUGUUUAUAUAAUGGCAUGCAAAUUAUCAUCA